GCCGCCGGCGCCGGGCCUGCCGGGGGUCCGCGCGCCGCGGUGACAUGCGGGGGGCGGCGAGUGCGAGCGGGAGCGCGGGGGCCUGCGGGCAGGGGUCCACGCCGCGGCGAGGCGCCCCCCGCACAAAGCCCGGGACGAGCCGGGACCGGACAGCGGGGACCCCGGCCCCUUUCGCCCGCCCUGCCCGGGGAAGGCCGCGCGCCAGGAACGGCCUCCCAUCCAAGGGCCAGCGAGCAUCGGUGACCGCGGGGCCUGCGAACAGAGCUCUGCCUUGCAGGGACGCCGCCCUUCGCCAGGAGCGGAGGUACAAGCUGGAGACUGCGGGGACGGGAGUGGGACCGAAAGCCGUGUCCCAGAGCCUGGUGACGUUCGGGGAUGUGGCCGUGGAGUUCUCCCCGGAGGAGUGGCAGUGGCUGAGCCCUGCACAGCGGGCUCUGCACGGGAGCGUGAUGCUGGAGACCUACAGGAGCCUGGCCUCGCUGGGACUCUGCACUUAUAAGCCUGACAUGAUCUCCUCUUUGGAACAGAAGAAGGAGCCCUGGACAGUGACGAGGAAGCUGACAAGAGGCCAGUGCCCAGACUUGAAGGCUGCACCGGAGAGCAAGGCGUUGCCUGCACAGGCCUUGUGUGAGGAGAAGUCAGGGCGGGCGGUGACGGCGAGGCUCCCGUGCCCCACGUUAGGGGGAUUCGAUGCUCUGUUUGAGAGGCAGCAGGGCUUGGCGACCACCGCGAACACGGCCCCGGGCUUCCCUCGGCCCCCGGGCCCCGGGGGGAGGAGGCUGUGGGAGAGCCCUGGCGGCCCGGCUGCGGCAGGUCAACAAUCUACAUAUGAGACCCAGGAAUUAUUUCCAAAACAGGAUUCAUUUGCUUCAAAUAUUAACUUGGAGUGUUCUGUUUUCAGAGAAAACUGGGAUUCUGAGUGUGUGUUUGAAAGGAAGCUGGUAAGUCAGGAAACACAAUUCAGGCAACAAACAGUCAUUCAUAACAAAACCCUCUCUAAGGAAAGAGAGCAUAUAUAUAAAAAAUCUGGAAGAUGGUUCCAUUUGGACAUUUCAGAAGAGAGUGUUCAUAAUCAUGACUCAGUUAAGACAAGUUUCCCCAAAAAUCCAUUGGUAAUAAAACAUACAGGAAUCUAUGUAGGAAAAAAACUUUUCAAAUGUAAUGAAUGUAAGAAAACCUUCACCCAGAGCUCAUCCCUUACCGUUCAUCAGAGAAUUCAUACUGGAGAGAAGCCCUACAAAUGUAACGAAUGUGGAAAGGCUUUCAGUGAUGGUUCAUCAUUUGCUCGGCAUCAAAGAUGUCACACUGGCAAGAAACCCUAUGAAUGUACUGAAUGUGGGAAAGCCUUCAUACAGAACACAUCUCUUAUUCGUCACUGGCGAUAUUAUCACACUGGGGAGAAACCCUUUGAUUGCAUUGAUUGUGGGAAAGCCUUCAGUGAUCAUAUAGGACUUAAUCAACAUAGGAGAAUUCAUACCGGAGAGAAACCCUACAAAUGUGAUGUAUGUGACAAAUCCUUUAGGUAUGGCUCAUCCCUCACUGUACAUCAAAGGAUUCAUACUGGAGAAAAACCAUAUGAAUGUGAUGUUUGUAGAAAAGCCUUCAGCCAUCAUGCAUCACUUACUCAACAUCAAAGAGUACAUUCUGGAGAAAAGCCAUUUAAAUGUAAAGAAUGUGGGAAAGCUUUUCGGCAGAAUAUACACCUUGCUAGUCAUUUGAGAAUCCAUACGGGAGAGAAACCCUUUGAAUGUGGGGAAUGUGGUAAGUCCUUCAGCAUCAGUUCACAGCUGGCCACUCAUCAGAGAAUUCAUACUGGAGAGAAGCCCUACGAAUGUAAGGUUUGUAGCAAAGCCUUCACCCAGAAGGCUCACCUUGCACAGCAUCAGAAAACUCAUACAGGAGAAAAACCGUAUGAGUGUAAGGAAUGUGGUAAAGCCUUCAGCCAAACCACACACCUUAUUCAACAUCAGAGAGUUCAUACUGGGGAGAAACCCUAUAAAUGUAUCGAAUGCGGGAAGGCCUUUGGUGAUAACUCAUCCUGUACUCAACAUCAGAGGCUUCACACUGGCCAAAGACCCUACGAAUGUAUUGAAUGUGGGAAGGCAUUCAAAACAAAAUCCUCCCUUAUUUGUCAUCGCAGAAGUCAUACCGGAGAGAAGCCUUAUGAAUGUAGCGUGUGUGGCAAAGCCUUCAGCCAUCGUCAGUCUCUGAGUGUACAUCAGAGAAUUCAUUCUGGAAAGAAACCCUAUGAAUGCAAGGAGUGUAGGAAAAGCUUCAUCCAAAUUGGACACCUCAAUCAACAUAAAAGGGUCCAUACUGGAGAGAGACACUAUAACUAUAAAAAAAGCAGAAAAGUCUUCAGACAGACAACACACUUUGCUCAGAGAAUUCAUACUGGAGAGUCAUCAGCCCGCCCUUGUUUACCAUCUACAUCAAGUCCUGUGGGUCUGUUUCCCAAAUUUCUCUGGAAUCUGUCCUCACUCCCUUCACCAUAGUCUCAACAUCAUUAUUUCAGCUAGUCUAUUAGUUGAAAAACUGGUCUCUCAGUUCUUUUUGUUUUGAGUGUUGUUUUUAUGCAUUACAAGUUCUUCACAUUGGGGUCAGAUUGAUUUUUUUUUUAAGUUUAAGUGUAAUUCAUUUGUUUCUUGUGUGAAACCUUGUGUUGCAGUCUCUUAAACAGGUGAACAGAUAAGAUGUGCUUAGCACAAUGCCUGGUCCAGACUAAGUAUUGGUUAAUUUCAGCUCUUUUAAAAACAUUUUUUGGGAACACUGAAGUUAACAUAGCCAGCUCUGAAUAAAAAUGAUGCAUACAGUGAGGUUGAGAGAAACCAGUUUACAUCAGGAACAAAAGUUUCAAAGUAGACAGGUUUAGCCAACGUUGGUUUAAAACUUGAUUCCGUGGCAGUGUGGCUCUCCAUCUCAUCUGCGUAUGUAAGGUGAUAAGACCUUGUUGGUGAGAAAAUUCACCUUUCCUGUACACCUGACAGUCUUAGAAACUGUAGAGAAAAAUGGGUGAGUAGGUUGCCUGCAACAAAAGAACCGAAACAAUCAGAAAAAUGCAAGAUGUAUAUGCAUAAAGUCACAACUACUGACAUGCUACUUAAGAAUUGAAAAGUGUGGCAAGAUUUGCUAUUUAUUGUUACCUGAACUUUUGAAUACUGUUAACCUUUCAAGGACAGUUCACCUUAAGGUAAGUUGAUCUAGAGUAGUUGUCAGCAAAUUGUAACUUGUAGCCAAAGUCUCACUGUGUUUUGUAUGGCCCAUGAUGUCAAUUUUUACAAAAAUUUUAAAUGAUUGAACAGGUGAAUAGAAUUAUUUUAUGACAACAUGAAAUUAUAUUAAAUUUGCAUCCAAAGAAAGUUUUAUUGGUUCACAGCCACACUCAUUUGCAGAUUGCCUAUAGCUGCUUUCAUGCUACAAUGGCAGUUUAGUAGGCGCAACAGCGGCAGUGUGGCCUAUACAACCAAAUAUGUACUAUCUACACUUUUACAGAAACAGUUUGCCAAUCCCCGCUUUAGUAUAGAGAAGAUGCAGAGUUCUGAUUAUUCCUAUGAAGGUAAUACAACUCAGAUCAAAAACAAAAACUAUAAAGCAGUUUCUGAAUAGAGGAAAAUUAUUGAAUUGUAUUAAACAAUAGGAAAUGUCAAUAAAAGGAACAUAUUUUUCCAGAUGUAUGCAGUGCUCUGAAAAUGUUUGUAAGUUGUCAUCACAAUGAAGUCCCUGUAGAAUAUGUUUACUUACAGUUUUUGUUGAAACAACAUAAGGAAAAAUAAUUUGGCCAUCACAGCAGGACGUUUUUGGACGAGGGCAUGUUGAAGUUUCUUUGCAUUUGAGAUGUGGUAUGUUCGAUUUGGUGAUAAGGUUGGGUUUUCAUUAUUGGGGAAAUGAUGUUUUGAUAAUUGGUUAUCCACUUUCAAAAAAAAACAUUAUAAUACAAUUGUAUUUUAACUUCUCCGAAAUAAUAGGUAAGAGGCAAACAUGGAAAAAUGGAAGGCUUUACUGAGUAGGAUGUGGAGUCCGGAAGAUGUUAGUAAGGCAGUAAGUUAGCCUGCACAAAGAUGUAAAACUUCAGCGUGGUGAGAGGCACUGAAAAGAUGUAGAAGACAAUUGACAGAAAAUAUAUAUACAGCUUAUAUGAAAGAGUAUGUCAUUUAGGAACAAAGUGCAUUGUGCACACACCAGCGCAUACCAAUGGGUGUGUCACAGUUGAAGAGUUUAAAUGAAUAAAUAAUUUGUGAAGUUCUUAACCUCACUAACCAGAAAAUCAAAAAUUAAUUUUCUUGGCUCUCAGAUUAAAAUCUAAGAUUUGGAUAAAAUCCAGUAUUGAUAUCAGUGUGGGAAAACAGGUAGUUGUUCACUAGCAAUGUAAAUGUGACUACUGCCCUUUGGGUGGCAGUACGCCCUGACCUGUCAGCAUUAUAAAUGUAUCUUCCUUUCAAAAGAGUAGUUCUAGCUCUGGGAAUUUUAUCCCUUUGGAAUGAAUAGGUAGAUGUAAAUAAUGUUUAUUGCAGAAUUGUUUUAGUUAUGACAAAUAGAAUUUCACUGUUCUGCCAAGCAGAUGGAUUCAAUUCUGCUUAUUCAAUCCUGUAUGGUCCAGUUACUAGAGAGAGGUUAAGCUGUAUGUAUGCUUCUAUGGAGAGUUGCUCGUCCACAAUAUGUUAAAAUACAUGAUUUGCAGAAGCUUAUGUAUAAAAUGAUCUUAAAGUCAUAAAAGUCAAAAUUAAUAUUGAA